AUGACGGGUCCCGGCCGAUCACCAUCUUCGCCGUGGGUGCAGCCAGUGCAGGGAGGUUCCCGGGAUAUUAGAAGCCCUCAGUCUUUUCAUCCCGCCCUAUCACCUUCAGCAGCUGGUAUGCGUUCGAACGGAUCCAUCACGGAAACGUCCAGUCCCAACUACUUCGGCAUGACAGUCGAACAUCGCUCAAGCAACCCACCAACAUCAAAUCCCGGGCCACACGUACAGAAGAACUGGGGCUCAGGCCCAUUUCCCAACCCUCAGCCGUCCCUCCCCAGUCCGACCAAGCUGCAACUAUUCUCGCAAGAGUCGGUAUCUGAAGGCCUAGUCAAUCUUCUGAGAUCGGAAUCAGAAACUGACAAAGGCCGACGGGAAUCAGCUCUCCAAGGUUUUCCCCCCAAUGGUGAUCGAUCAUUAGGCUGGUCUCAAGGAAGCUCGAGUGGGUAUGCUCCGGAUUAUAGGAAACCUUCGCUCGUCUCCGUUCCUGAAACCUCUCAGUGGAUCACAGCUGACCGCUGCGCUGAGAUUAUCCGAUCCUGUCCACAGGGACUCCUGCUCUUGGAUGUUCGGCCCUUUGCUCAUUAUUCCAAAUCCAAUAUUCGAGGAUCGUUGAAUCUCUGUAUUCCCACCACAUUGCUUAAACGCCGGUCAUUCGAUACCCAAAAACUGGAAGGUACAUUUACAAGUGACAAUGACAAACGACGUUUUUCUCGGUGGAGAGAAUGCUCCACUAUCAUUGUUUACGACAACGCCACUUCCGAGGCGAAAGAUGUGGCUGCUCUGCUGAGUGUCAUCAACAAGUUUCAGGCAGAGGGCUGGAGCGGAGAAGGAUUGAUCUUGCAAGAUGGCUUCAAGGGAUUUUCCGGCCGAUUUCCAGAUUUGUUGCAACGGCCGCAAGCGCAGACGGCAGGCCCGUCAGCUAAGAAGCGGUCACCCAUGAGCAUCGAUCUUCAAUCCGUGGCCCCUGUCGUUGGGGGUUGUGCUCUUCCCGAUUCAUCAUCAGCCGUGAAUCCCUUUUUUGGUAAUAUCCGGCAAAAUAUGGAUCUGAUGGGUGGAGUCGGGCAGAUUCCCUUGAAACUACCUGGUGGUCUGACAGAGUCCAACCGACAGGCACUUCCUCUUUGGCUCAAAAAUGUCUCGGACCCGAAAGAUGAAGGCCAUAUAGCCUCUGAGAGAUUUCUGGAUCUGGAGAAGAUAGAGUUGCAACGUAUGAAGCAGGCGUUGUCAUACGAAGGUCCCUCGGCUUCGACUGGAGGAGCUUCCAAGAAGUACCGUGUCGCAGGUAUUGAAAAAGGCACCAAAAAUCGCUACAAUGAUAUCUACCCCUUUGAACAUUCUCGUGUUCGGCUUGAGGGGAUCCCCCUGGGAGACUGUGACUAUGUGAAUGCGAAUCAUAUCCAAGCUGAGCUCAGUAAUCGCCGAUACAUCGCGACACAAGCACCAGUUCCAGAUACAUAUAACGAUUUUUGGCGAGUGGUUUGGGAGCAAGAUGUCAGGGUCCUUGUUUCACUGACGGCUGAGAUGGAGCGAGGACAGGUCAAAUGCCACCCAUUCUGGAAAACUGGGGAUUAUGGGCCAUUCAAAGUCAAGGCUUAUUCCGAAAAGUCGAUCCACGUUGAAUCUCUGGCUCGAUCAGCGACUCCCGGCCAGUCUCCCGACGGAACCAACGAAAACCCUGUCAUCAUCGUGCGACAUUUCAGCCUUUACCAUACGGCAUUACCGUUCCAACCACUUCGGGAUAUUACACAGCUCCAAUACCCCUACUGGCCUGACUUCGGGACGACUUCACAACCAACUCAUUUGCUCAACUUGAUUGAGCAAUGCAACAAGGCUGUUCGCGCCACUAGCCUGGCCGGGUUCACCAGCGAAGAGGCUGAACCGACUGGCCAGCGACCCAUCCUGGUACACUGUAGCGCCGGAUGUGGUCGCACCGGGACUUUCUGUACGGUUGAUAGUGUGUUAGACAUGCUAAAACGGCAACGGUUGCCGGGCGUGCAAUCUUCAGGAUCCCCGGGACCACCCGGAUGGACCCGGGAUUCCCACCUCGACCUGGUCCAGAAAACGGUAGAAGACUUUCGGACUCAGCGGCCGAGCAUGGUGCAAAAUCUCAGCCAGUAUGUGCUCUGCUAUGAAAGCGUGCUCGAAUGGCUUGUCUCUCGAAUGAACGAGCAGUCUUGA